AAGCCUAAACACAUUGGUGGGCACUAGGCAACAUUACGACCCACCCUGCUGGGCGUGGGUUUACUUCUAGUUCGGUUACUGGAUAAAGCGAUAAACCCCAAACCCCAUUUCCGUAUGCAAAAACCCUCCAAUUUUUUUUCCCCUUCUCUCUCUCUCUGAAGAAGCCUUCUAUUUGCUUCCCUUCCCUGCCACCGAAACCCAGUGCCUAGAGUAAAACCCCUUCUCUAUCUCCAUCUCUAGCACAUUCACCCCAACAAGGCAAGAAUGGCUUCAAUGUCUUCUCUAUUUCCUCCCGCUCUUUUCCGUCGCACCGCUAAACCCUCAAAUCCCACCCUUCUAGCUUCUAAAUCGACCCCCUUUUCUGCUUCUUUUGGAUUCGCAGUGUUGCCUCUGGUGCUAAACCCUAGAGGACCCGCAAAGGUACACGCCGUCGCCGGAGAAUCUGUCGUGUCGCCGGAGACGGAGAGGAGGCUCUACGUUGGUAACAUUCCGCGCACCGUCGACAAUUCGGAGCUCCAGGGCAUUGUGGAAGAGCAUGGCGCAGUUGAGAAAGCUGAGGUGAUGUAUGAUAAGUACUCAGGGAGGAGCCGCCGAUUUGCAUUUGUUACAAUGAAGACUGUUGAGGAUGCAAAUGCAGCUAUUGAGAAACUGAAUGGCAUGGAAAUUGGAGGACGACAGAUCAAAGUAAAUAUAACAGAGAAACCUUUUGUACCUGUUGAUUUGUCUCUUCUCCAGGCAGAGGAAUCCGAAUUCAUUGAUAGCCCCCACAAAGUUUAUGUUGGUAAUCUUGCAAAGACAGUAACGACAGAUACACUCAAAAAAUUAUUUUCUGAAAAGGGUAAGGUCCUUGGUGCAAAAGUUUCGCGAGUUCCAGGGACUUCAAAAUCCAAUGGGUUUGGGUUUGUCACUUUCUCUUCAGAGGAAGAGGUAGAAGCUGCCAUUACGGCUUUUAACAAUCGUUGGUUCGAGAAACAGCAGCUUCGUGUAAAUAAAGCGUAGUAUAGCGGAGCAGGUGUGGGCAAGCAUCCCGUAGCUGGUAGCAGCUCAGUGCCUACUCUGUAUCUAUCCCUUGUACUGAAAAUUUAUAAUGAUCUUUAGAUUUAUUUUGUACCUGAUGUGUUGAUCAUUUUGAACUAUCUGUAUCAUAUUGUGAAGAAUUGAAAGAAAAAAAAAAAAAAAAAAAAAGGGCUUCCCUGAACAGUGAUGAAUGAUGUGUCCUUUUUCACCAAGAAGCAUAGAGAAGAAAUAUAGUGUGGACAUUCUCUAA